AUGCACGCCUCAGAUAUCACCCCGAACCAGCUCGAUGGCUUCAGCAUCAUCGAGCGGGUCUGCUCCGUAUUCUCGCUACUCGGCUGCAUCUUCAUCAUUGCGACCUUCUGUCUCUCCAAGUCGUUCCACAAGCCCAUCAACCGACUGGUGUUCUAUGCGUCGUUCGGUAACAUGAUGACCAAUGUGGCAACCCUUAUGGCCAGGACAUAUAUCGGUGACACCAAUUCUGCAGGUUGUCAAUUCCAAGCUUUUCUCAUCCAGAUGUUCAUGCCUGCUGAUGCGUUCUGGACGCUGGCAAUGGCUAUCAAUGUCUACCUAACCUUCUAUUACAAGUUUGACGGCGAGAAGCUCCGAAAGAUGGAGAUUCCGUACCUUCUUGGUUGCUACGGUGUUCCAUUCAUCGUUGCUCUAGUGUACAUUUUUGUGAAGUCUCCCGAAAGGGGACGUAUGGUGGUUAUUCUCGUCACGUUCUUUAUCUACAUCCGCGCAGGACGUGAAAUCUACUUGAAGCACAAGCAAUUGCGAAAGUUCGGUGCCAGCAGCAGCUUCCACGAUCCAGAGCCAUUGCCUCCCAUGGACGAUCCCUUCAACGCCAGCAAGACGACAGAAGUCUCCGUUACGUCAGAAGUUGUCACCUCGCAAGGCAUUGAUCUGGCUCCUCUCGGUCGACGAGGUUCAGAUGCUGCGCCGAGAGCCCCUAAUCCAGCAUACUCGGUAACCAUCUCAUCAGACCGACGGCCAACCAAUAACCGAGAGUCAUAUGGAGAUGUCGUCCUCCCUAUCCAAAGCAAUGUGACCAUUGCGCAAUCAGCAUCCGCUCCUCGUACCCAGACCUCAAAUCCAAUCCGCAAGAGAGCAGCUUACGAAGCGAACAAUGCCGCAUGGUCCUAUACCAAGUGCGCCAUCUUGUUCUUCACUGCCCUACUAGUCACUUGGAUUCCAUCCAGUGCUAACCGUGUCUACUCCGUGGUCCACGUCAACCAAGUCAGCGUCCCGCUGGAAUACAUGAGCGCCUUCGUCUUGCCCCUACAGGGAUUCUGGAACGCAAUUAUCUACAUCAUGACAUCUUGGAAGGCAUGCAAGAUGCUUGUUGACGACAUCAAGCACGCACGUCGACCGAACGUCCAGGAGAUUGUCGGAUACCGCCCCAACGACGGAUUCAAUGUGAUGAACUCGCCUCGCAACAACAGGAGCGACAAGACCUACGAGAGCGAGAGCAUGACGGAACUCGCCAUCGAGGAGAGCAGCAGGCCCGCGUCUCACGAACAAAACGGCGCCAGCAACAAGGCCCGCCAGUGA